GGGACUGAGAACGAGGGUGGUGGCCGGGUCGUCGGCUGAAGACUCUGUCCCUGAGGCCCGGUCGGGCGGUCGCGUCCUCCCCGGCAGCCGUCGCGCCCCCGGCGGGGCCUGAGCCCGGGCCUUUGGGGCGGGGGCCUGUGGGCGCCCCCCGUCGCCGUCCCGAGGCGUCCGUCGGUCCGCCAGUCCGUGCGUCCGGCGAGCUCGGCCUGCCGGGCGGGGAAGGGCGGCCGGGCCCGGGCCUCCCUCCCCGGACUCGGGAGCCGCCGCUGCAGGGCGGUGUAGGGACCGUCACUGAACGUGCAGAAGAGCGUGUGCGGGCACCGUAGGUGACACAGCAGAGAGGCCCGGGUGCCGAUGCGGGGAGCCCAGCUGGCUGAGACUCUGCCCUGAGGUCUGGGCGAUCGGGACGUCCCAGACUCUCGGCCCGGGUCGCGGCGCGCUGCUGUCGGAGCCCAGCGCCCGGAGGAUGCCGGCUGCCUAAGCGCGCCCUCGGACAAGAUGGAAGAGGCAGACCUGGAGUGCCCGGACUCCGCCUCAGAGAAACGCUAUUUCCCCGAGUCCCUCGACUCCAGUGAUGGGGAUGAGGAGGGGAUUUUGGCUUGUGAGGAUUUGGAACUCAACCCUUUCGAUGGAUUGCCAUAUUCAUCCCGUUAUUACAAACUUCUAAAAGAGAGGGAAGAUCUUCCAAUAUGGAAAGAAAAAUACUCCUUUAUGGAGAAUCUGCUUCAGAAUCAAAUCGUGAUCGUUUCAGGAGAUGCUAAGUGUGGCAAGAGCUCUCAGGUUCCUCAGUGGUGCGCCGAGUACUGCCUCUCCAUCCACUACCAGCACGGGGGUGUGGUGUGCACACAGGUGCACAAGCCCACGGCGGUGCAGCUCGCCCUGCGAGUGGCAGACGAGAUGGAUGUGAACAUCGGCCAUGAAGUUGGCUACGUGAUCCCCUUUGAAAACUGCUGCACCAGUGAAACCAUCCUGAGGUAUUGUACGGAUGACAUGUUGCAGAGAGAGAUGAUGUCCAGCCCUUUUUUGGGCAGCUACGGGGUCAUCAUCUUGGACGACGUCCACGAAAGAAGCAUUGCCACCGACGUGCUGCUCGGUCUUCUGAAGGAUGUCUUACUGGCGCGGCCGGAGCUGAAGCUCAUCAUUAACUCCUCCCCGCACCUGGUCAGCAAACUCAGCUCUUACUACGGCAACGUGCCUCUCGUAGAAGUGAGAAAGCAGCACCCUGUGGAGGUUGUGCACCUGAGCGGCGCUCAGAAGGAGUCUUUUGAGUCUAUUUUACGCCUUAUCUUUGAAAUUCACCAGUCCGGCGAGAAGGGGGACAUUGUGGUCUUUCUGGCCUGUGAACAAGAUAUUGAGAAAGCCUAUGAAAUCGUCUGUCAAGAAGGAUCUAACUUAAACCCAGAUCUUGGAGAGCUGGUGGUCAUUCCUUUGUAUCCAAAAGAGAAAUGUGCAUUGUUCAAGCCAAAUGAUGAAACAGAAAAGAGAUGCCAAGUUUAUCAGAGAAGAGUGGUGUUGACUGCUAGCUCUGGAGAGUCUCUGAUCUGGAGCAACACAGUCAAAUUUGUUAUUGAUGUGGGUGUGGAAAGGAGAAAGGUGUACAACCCGAGGAUACGGGCAGACUCCCUGGUCACGCAGCCCAUCAGCCGGAGCCAGGCCGACACGCGCAAGCAGCUUCUCGGCUCGUCGUCCUCAGGCAAGCUCUUCUGUCUGUACUCCGAGGAGUUUGCCUCCAAGGACAUGCGGCCACUCAAGCCGGCGGAGAUGCAGGAGGCCAACCUGACCAGCAUGGUGCUCUUCCUGAAGAGAAUAGACAUCGCGGGCCUAGGCCACUGCGACUUCAUGAACAGACCAGCCCCGGAGAGUCUGAUGCAGGCCCUGGAAGACCUGGAUUACCUGGCAGCACUGGACAAUGACGGGAACCUCUCGGAGUUCGGGAUCAUCAUGUCGGAGUUUCCUCUUGACCCUCAGCUCUCCAAGUCUAUCCUGGCGUCCUGCGAAUUUGACUGUGUGGAGGAGAUGCUGACCAUCGCCGCCAUGGUGACAGCUCCCAACUGCUUCUCUAAUGUGCCACAUGGAGCUGAGGAGGCUGCCUUGACUCGUUGGAAGACGUUUUUACAUCCUGAAGGAGAUCACUUUACCCUCAUCAACAUUUACAAAGCCUACCAAGACACAGCUCUGAACUCCACCAGUGAACACUGUGUUGAAAAGUGGUGUCAUGAUUACUUCCUCAACUGCUGCGCUCUGAGGAUGGCCGACGUUAUCCGAGCUGAACUCUUGGAAAUUGUCAAGCGAAUCGAGCUCCCCUGUGCAGAACCUGCUUUUGGCUCAAAGGAAAAUGCUCUGAACAUAAAGAAGGCUCUUCUGUCCGGCUACUUCAUGCAGAUCGCGCGGGACGUGGACGGGUCGGGUAACUACUUGAUGCUGACGCACAAGCAGGUCGCUCAGCUGCACCCGCUGUCCAGCUACUCCGUCACCAAGAAGCUGCCGGAGUGGGUGCUCUUCCACAAGUUCAGCAUAGCCGAGAACAACUACAUCAGGAUUACCUCAGAAAUCUCUCCUGAACUAUUUAUGCAGCUGGCACCACCGUACUAUUUCAGCAACCUGCCUCCUAGUGAAAGUAAGGAUAUUCUCCACCAAGUAAUGGAUCACCUUUCCCCUCUUUCAACAAUGAAAAAGGACCAGAAAAUGUGUGAAAAGUGCCCUGAGACUACUGAGCCGAGAUGCACCGUCCAGUGACUCUUCAGAACCUUCCACAGAAAGCAAGAUGUGCAAUAAGUCCCACCCCUGCCCUCCCCCCGCUGGCCUGAACCUCGUUUCACCAGAGUGAGGUGCAGACAUUCAACUUGAACAAGGACAGCACACCCCACACGAAAGUCUUGAAAAAAAAUAACACUUUGUAUAUUAUUUAAAAAUAAAAAAUAGAAGUUUUUAUUGAGUUCUUUAAAUUACGACUCCACGUUUUCCUUCUUACUGGAAAAGCUUUUAACCCACCAAUCAUAAUUUGACCAAAUUUUUUUUAAAAGCUAUUUUGUAAAUGUGUCACAGACACAAGUGACAGACCCCUACUUUUUUGUAGAGGACCUUACUCUGAAUAAAGUCUGGGUUUUUUUCAGUAAA